GUUUCCAAAGAUAUAAACGAUUGUAGGAGUUGGCAUUUCAGGAGAAGGGUUCUUCACUGAUUUUCGGAUACACUCCAGGAAAUAGCCACCAAAGUCAAAGCUGAAUGGACGGAGCGACUGCUAUUGUAGAUGACUUAAAAGGUUCAAUCGCCAUCAUCUGAUAUGAUUUCAACAACAAUGUCUUUAACAACAUCCAAAUCUAUGGGCCCGAUCACGUGGGACGACGCCACGUGGAUUCUCACGAGUUCUUUCAUCAUUUUCACGAUGCAGUCAGGUUUCGGCCUUCUAGAGUCUGGCUGUGUAUCGAGGAAGAACGAAGUCAACAUCAUGUUCAAGAAUGCAGUUGACGUCGUUUUCGGUGGCUUAACAUACUGGGCGUUUGGAUUUGGUCUCAGUUUCGGUAACAAGGCCGGCUCGAAUCCAUUCUGCGGGAUUGGCUACUUCUUUGUUGAUACAGCAGCAGAAGAAAUGGGCAUUCUGUUUUCUACCUAUGUUUUCCAGCUAUCAUUUGCAACAACGGCAACAACUAUUGUCUCCGGAGCAAUGGCCGAAAGAACGAAACUUUUAAGCUACAUCGUAUUUUCAUUCCUAAACACGAUAUGCUACUGCAUACCUGCUCACUGGGAGUGGGCAUCAAAUGGCUUCCUGAGGUCUUUGGGCGUAGUCGAUAUUGCCGGAAGUGGGGCUGUCCAUGUUGUUGGAGGGGUGUCAGCGCUGGUCGCCGCGUUCAUUUUAAAACCUAGAAAAGGCAGGUUCUACGACGGGCUAAAGGCUGGUGAAAACCCACUUCCGAUGGGAAAUCCUGCAAAUACACUUAUUGGAAUGUUUAUGCUCUGGUGGGGUUGGCUGGCCUUCAACUGCGGCAGUACAUUUGGAAUAUCUGGUGGAAAGUGGAAGCUUGCGGCAAAAGCUGCCAUUACAACACUGAAUUCAUCAAUGGGUGGUGGGAUGGUCGGCAUAUUUGCUUCGUACAUACUCUUAAAGCGGAAAUUCGACGUAGCAUUUCUGGUCAACAGUAUUUUAGGGGCAUUGGUUGGAAUUACAGCUGGUUGUGCAGUGGUUCGGCCAUGGGAGGCGGUGGUGAUUGGCAUAAUUGGUGGCACACUUGCGGUAGGCUCUGCCCACCUUCUUUCCAGGAUCAAGGUCGAUGAUCCGGUGGGUGCCGUCGCGGUGCACGGGGUCUGCGGUAUCUGGGGCAUGUUGUCUGUUGGUCUGUUUGCUGCGACCGACACUAUCGAAAACACGACUCAAGGGCGCAGUGGGGUUUUCCAUGGCGGAGGUUUCUACCUGCUGGGAGUGCAACUGCUGGCCGCGGUCGUCAUCACCGUUUGGAGUGGGGUGGUCAGCGCCAUUCUACUUUUGGGCAUCAAAUUCACCAUUGGCCUACGUAUGACAGAGGCCGAGGAGCGGCUCGGCGCCGACUAUGUGGAGCACGGUGUGGGAGAAGAGGACGACCUGCCCUUCUACGAGAGGGGGCUUUUCAGCCCGCCUCGCCACCGGCCCCUCUCCAGCCACACCAUACACUCAAUGAAGAGCAACGCCUCCAUCAAUACGAUAGCGGAUUCUAUCAAUGACAAUGUUAACCUGGUGAAGCGUCAGAGACCGAAAGCAAAACGAUUUGACAGAGUUGUACCCAUCGAGGUAAUGCCAGGCGAGGUCCAUGAAACCGACAUCUCGCGUAACGUGGAAAAUGGGUCGAAUAGAAUAAAUGGGUGUACCCCCAUUGGCAUGACGGGAACAACAUAA